AGCAAUUUCGAAAAUUCAGUUCAGGAAAUGUUUUCUGCUUUGUUUCUUUUCCAUAUUGUGAAUUGCUGUCUAUUAAGCUGAAAUUUUACUCUUGCCUCAUCUUUCUGUUGUUCAGGAGUGCAGAAAAAAUUACUCGUUCUCACAAAAAUAGAUUGCUUGAAUUGCUACUGUCAAAGCUGUUAUGCUGGCUACGGUGGAUUUUUAUUAUUCUGCUUUAUAUUUCUUCUGGUCAUGACUUGGUUUUGCUAAAAGGCAAAACUGUUCUACUGCGCUGACCCCACUGGGUAGUGGAGGGCUCCCUGGAACAUGGAGAGGUUCCCAGGGAGAUUCUUGUUGCUGUCAACAGUGGUUCUUGCUUUAACCACCAGACUAACAGCGCUCCUGCAGAUUUCAUGUUGCUGUGGAAUGUGCCUCUGGUCUUGGAAGGCUUCUCAAAAAGUUGUUUACUCUGGAAAAAUCAUCUUGUCCUGCACAUUAUGGGAAAAAGCAUGAUCAAGAUGAACUGCAUCCUGUUAACCGCCUGCAUUGUUCUGCUUGCUUUUUGUGGUUCUGGUUAUACCCUAAGGUGUUACCACUGCGAGAACAGCCCUUCCUUGUGCAAGACCAAUAGUACUUGCCUAGCAACUGAGGAUACUUGCUUGCAGAUGAAAUUUGGUAAAUUGAGAACUUCGUCCUGCUGGAAGACAUCCCAGUGCAGUAUGAAUGAUAUUGCUGAGUUCUUCCAGUUGGAUAAUUUUGAAUUCUUUUGCUGCCAACACGACUUGUGCAAUGAGAGCGCAAUUACUGGGGUUAACAAAGCAGCCUUCAGUAUUGCCUCUGUAAUGACCAUGUUAUGGAUGCUUCUGUAAAAAUCCUGAUUUGUAUGCCGUACUUCCAAGCUGAAAUUACCAUUAACUCUUUUCUGAAUUGUGCUUCUCGCAUUUCAGUUCCUAACUGUGAGCAGAAACAUUACCUUUUAAUUUUGUUUCCUAAGGUUCCAUCUGUUAAAUCACUGUCUCCAUUCAUGGGAGGGACACGUAUAUUGUUACCAAUUAUUGGGAAUUGGGGUAUUUUGGCCUGCCCUAUUCAUGGGGAAAAUAACUUGUUACCUUGUGGAGAACCUGGGCAAACUUCAGUGGGUCACAUGAAAGGGAAGAAAUACUGUAGGUUUUAUUCUGGAAAGCUAUAAUUUCUUACCGUUCCAUAAAUUGUCAUUAUUUUUCAUAGGGAUUUUUCUGGGGGUUUUUUUUUUGGGUUUGGGGUUUUUUUUGGAUGCUCCCCUGUCAUACACCAAGCAGUUGAUUUGCUGUCAACACAAGCAGUGUUGGAUCAUAAAUAUAAACUUGCUGCAGUCUUCUUGAUGGGUACGGAAAUAGUUAGUUUCAACUGAUGUAGACUCUUUGUUCCCAUCACUGUAACAUAUUUUUCUUUCUUUUUACAAGCCAAUGAUAUAACCUUGUAAGUACCGUUAUUUUGGGAGAAAGCAUCUACAUUUCUUACGCCAAAAUCAAAAUAAUGCUGUAAGUGAGAAACACUUUUCCCUCUUUUUAUAUUUCUGUGAGCAUGCAGACAAUAUGUGCUAGCUUUUUAUUUUUUCUCUUAUACUUUAUCCAUGUCUAGGAUUUUAACUAAGCAUGUGCUUUGCACUGAGUAUUGGCAUACUGAAAAUUGUUUAUAAAACGCUAAGGAAUUGAAAUGGCACACUCCCACAUAGUUAGCUUUUGGGUUUUAUUGAAAACAGUGACAUGUAAACUUAACCCUUCAAGCUUCCAACUAAGAGUAUUAAACAAAACCUUGCAGAACUUUGUAUUUUGACUUUUAUGCAACUCUAUAAAUGCCAAUACAAAAUACGCGUGUAUUUAUAUAGCAUGAAUAAAAAAAUGCUCUGUUUGUAUGUGUAAGAGGGCUGGAGCUGAAACAGUCUGUACACUGCUCUGCCUCAGCGGUGCAGACAGACCUUUGGUUCUUCUCUGGUACUUAGGGACCCUCUCAGUCAGGUACAAUGUCAAAUUCUCCUUUUUCUCUCUUGGAGCUCUUGGCAUGUCCCUGCAAGAGUUGUGGUCCAUUGCCAACAGCACAUUCUCUUUCUGAGGACCCUCGCCUGUGACCAGUGACAGUAACACCAGUUCACCCAGUCAUUAACAAGGUUAUCUAUAUCCAUGAUGUAUUCUGCAGUGUAUCUUUUGGUUAAGCUUACCUUAGCUAUGAAAGCAUCCUGGGAUCUCUCUCAUCACUCAAAAUAUGGAAGUCUUUGAUUAAUAAAAAUAUCAAAAAAGAAAA